AUGAUUUCUCUAGGGGAACCUGGGACAGAUAAAAUUGCUUCUGAUAUAGUACCGAAGAAAGAGAGUUCAAAUAGUGAAAUUCAUGCUCCACAUCAAACUCCUGAUAAUGGGAUCUGUCCCCUGCAAUCAGAUCAUAGAGGAAAUGUUCAGUCUCUAAUACCUGAGAAAUCGUUACAGCUGCCUGAUGAUGUUGGUACUGCAUCUCAAUCAAAUCAAGAAGGAAGUGUUACCUCUUUAACAUCUGAGAAAGCACCACAAACCCCUGAAACCUCUGCCCUUGUCUUGCGAUCUGGUCAAGAAGGAAGCACUCCAUCUACAGCACGAGAGAGAGGGUUAGAGGAUGGUUAUCACUGGAGAAAAUACGGCCAGAAACUUGUUAAGGGAAAUGCAUAUGUAAGAAGUUACUACAGAUGUACGCAUCCAAAAUGUCCAGUGAAGAGGCAAGUGGAGCGCACACAUAAUGGGCAGAUAACAGAUACUGUUUACUUUGGUGAGCAUCAACAUCCUAAAGCUCAAGUUAACGUCCCAGUAGCUGUUAGUUUUCUCGUGUCCAUUGUCGAAGAAAGACCAGAAGAGCUUUUGUUAACUGGUGUCGAAGGCAAAUCAUCGGAUGUGCAUGGCCACACAUCUAACCAGAUUGAGCCAGUGGAUCCCUCUCAGCUAUCAACCGUUGCAGAUAAUGAAGGUGUGCAGAGAGUGCUCUCUCAAUCAAAUAGAACCAGAGAUGGUGAUCCAGACUCAAAAAGACAGUAUGAAGAAGGAAAAAAUAAUGGCAACUCAAUUCCGGUGGAUAAGCCAGCUGGUGAACCGCGUGUUGUUGUUCAGACUAUGAGUGAGGCUGAUAUAGUGAAUGAUGGCUACAGAUGGCGCAAAUAUGGGCAGAAGUUAGUAAAAGGCAAUCCAAAUCCAAGGAGUUACUACAGAUGCUCAAAUCCUGGGUGCCCUGUUAAGAAACAUGUAGAGAGGGCGUCUCAUGAUUCAAAAGUUGUUAUAGCCACAUAUGAGGGGCAGCAUGAUCAUGAUAUGCCACCCACAAGGACUGUGACCCACAAUGCAGCAGCAUCAAAUGUGAUUACGACGGCCCGUAAUGGUGAGUCUGGCACUACAUCAGAAGGGAAUGCUGUCUGCCAUGAUACUAGCCCAGAACACGAAGAUAAACCAAACAAGCAACUUAAUGUUGAGCCAAGAACUAAAUCAAGUGAUGUUGCUGGCUGUGAUAUGGUCGUUGAUUCUGAUCUGGGUCCUGAAAGAAAAUUAAAUGAGCAAGUGGUUGGCAAAGCAUGUACCACAGAAGAAAGUGAUGCCCCCGAUAUAAUUGUUCCUAGGGCCAAUGAAUUGCAAAAUGGCGAGUCAGGAAUUAAAUCAGAAGGAAACAACGCCUGCAUUGAUACGGUCGUUCACGGCAAUCUGUGUCCUGAAAGUAAUUCACCGGAGCAAAAAAAUCCAAAAGCAGAACCUGUCUAA